AUGUCUAAUGAAAUUUGCAAUCUACCUGAGAAUCCCACAUCCCUCUCACUUGUGACGUUAUUUUUACAGGGUAAUCAAAGUUUGAGUAGAAUUCCAGAAUCAUUCUUCCAGCAUAUGCACAAUCUUCGAGUUGUGGACCUGUCACACACUGAUAUCAAGGAGUUACCAUCUUCUGUUUCCAAUUUAGUAAGCCUUCGAGGAUUAUUCCUCCUUGAGUGUGACUGCUUGAUUACACUACCAUCCCAAAUAGGGAAUCUAAAAAAACUUAAAGUGCUUCAUUUAGGAGGCAGGUAUGGCAAGUUUGAGUACUUGCCUAUUGAAAUUCAGCAGCUUACGCUCCUUAGAAGUCUGCAAGUGUCAUUUGGAGGAGAUAUACCACCAAAUCGAGUGAUGGUUCCUAAUGGGAUUAUAUCAAGAUUCUCUCUGCUUGAAAACUUGAGCAUCCGGGUAAAUCCUUAUUCUCCAAAGUGUGGAAAAAGCAUUGUGGAAGAGGUGGGUAGCCUAAAGCAACUAACUCAACUACUUGAGUUUCGGUUUGCAACAUUGGAAAGUUUUGAGCAUUUUCUACGUGAAAGUUAUCCAUGGAAAAACUCAAAGCUUGAAGUCAUUUGGGUUCACUUUGAAUUGCAGCAAUGA